AUGAUCGAGAUGGAAAUUGCUGCAGAACGAAAAAAAAUUCUAGAAGAAGAAGAACUUGAACAGACCUUUUUAAAGGAAAAGUAUGAAGUACUAGAAAGAGAGGAAGAAGCGGAUGGAAAAAGCGUCAUUACUAAAAUGAGCAAAACUCCAACGAGUGUAGAGAAAGUAAACCAUUGGUUAAGGAAUGAUGGACACAAGAAGCCCGAUAACAGCUCUGUGACCGGAGCGAUCGAGACAGCACCAAAUCCAAAAUUUCCUGUACUAAACGAGAAUAAUGUUGACUCUACUCCUCUCACAGCUGAAAAUUCUAAUCCGUUACUUGAGACACCGAUUGAUUCGGGUUCAGUAAAGACUGUUACGUCUCAAGUACCUACAACGCAAGGCAAUUUUCUCGAAAGCACAAGAUCGGCUUCAACACUAACCCAGCCACCUGAACCAUUUCCGUAUCCGUGGCAAAAGCAUAGCGGAGCAAACAUUAAACUGGCAAAACCACCAGAAAAAGCACCGAGCUUUAUCACCAAAACGCCAUUGACGACACCUCAAUCUGUUACAUUUAGGCAGCAAAGGCCGAUUCCGAAUCCGGCAUUAGUUAAUCCAUGUCCAGAAGAGAAUUUUGAGCCUUCCCAGAUGCAAUUUGCAUCUCGACGAGUCAUGUCACGCGAUCUUCCGGAGUUUGAUGGAAAGCCCGAAGAUUGGCCUAUAUUCUUCAGUCAAUAUAAUGUCACCACUCAGAGCUGUGGAUUCAGUAAUGCAGAAAAUUUGAUAAGGCUUCAAAGAUGCCUUAAGGGGCAUGCGCGCGAGUCGGUGCGCAGUCGAUUGUUGCUGCCCGAGUCUGUACCCAACGUUAUAGAAACCCUACGGAUGUUAUAUGGACGUCCUGGUAUCUUGAUAAAAACGCUCUUGAAUCGAGUACGGCAGGCACCCGCACCUAGGAUGGAACGACUUGAGACACUGAUCGAAUUCGGAGUGGAAUUACAGGGAUUAUGCGAUCACCUGAUAGCAGCAGGAGAGGAAACACACUUGAAUAAUCCAGCCCUGUUACAAGAAUUGGAAGACAAACUGCCUGCUCAGUUGAAGCUUCAGUGGGCUAUGUACAAGCAAACCGUGUCCAGGGUUACACUGAAGACUUUCUCCGAAUACAUGUCUCACAUGGUAUCAGCGGCAAGUCAGGUCACUACCUUUGUCAAGGAUGACCAUGAUCAUCGCGAAGGAAAUAGAAAAAAUAAAUGGAAACAAAAGGAGAAGGGUAUGUUGCAUGCUCAUAAUGCGAGUGCCGAAAUAAAGUCUCAAUUCGGGAAGCAAAAUAAUGAACGAGUCUGUUUUGUUUGUCAUAAAUCCAAUCAUCUCAUGAAGGAAUGUAAACAGUUUCUGGAAUUACCAGUGGACGGUCGCUGGCAACGAGUGCAUCAAUUGAAACUUUGUCGGACGUGUCUCAAUCAACAUGCCAAAGGCCGAUGUCGUUUAACAAACAAAUGUGGUGUCGAUGGUUGUGAAUUUAGACACCAUCCGUUAUUGCACUCUAAAAACGAAAACAGUGCUGUCUGUACUUCUUCUGCGGAAAAUCAUUCCCACAGGGAGCGAGGUUUUGAAACACUUUUCCGAGUUGUGCCGGUUACGCUCCACGGAAAGAAUAGUUCGGUGAAAACGUUUGCAUUUUUAGAUGACGGAUCGUCACUAACGCUCGUAGAACAGUCGAUUGCUGAUCAACUAGGUGAAAGUGGACCCAAAGGUGAACUUCUUCUUUCGUGGACUGGAGAUGUAUCUCGAAGUGAAGUCAACUCACAAACCGUAACGUUUCAUAUCUCAGGAACGUCAUCAGACAAAAUGUUUAAAGUUUCACGGGCUAGAACGGUUUCCAAGCUUAAACUUCCAAUACAGACACUGAACAUGGCAUCUCUAUCGUAUCAGUACCCCUAUCUAAAAGGAUUACCUGUUGAGGAAUAUUCCAAUGCGUCUCCUGGAAUACUUAUCGGUUUAGAUCAGCUCCAUCUUUCCUUACCAUUGAAAAGCAGAGAAGGUAAAAUGGGUGAGCCAGUCGCUACAAAAACUCGCCUCGGUUGGUGUAUAUUCGGUGGCCUACGUGCAACAACUGCAUUUGGCCUUUCCUGUCAUAUACACGAAACGUCAGAAAAAGGUCUACACGAAAUCGUUAAAGAAUACUUUGGGCAAGAGGAUGCCGGAGCUGGGACGAUACUGGAGUCGUCCGAUGAAAUACGUGCGAGGAAUAUUCUCGCUAGAACUACUGUACGAGUGUCGGGUCGGUUUGAGACCGGUCUGUUAUGGCGAUAUGACCAGUUCGAAUUCCCCGAGAGUUAUCAGAUGGCUCUUCGUCGAUUAGAAGGUCUCGAGCGUAGAAUGUCACGAGAUACAGCACUACGAGAAAAUGUAAACAAACAGAUCCAGGAAUAUCAACGUAAAGGAUAUGCUCACCGUGCGUCAAAGGAGGAGCUUGAAAACGCAGAUAUGAGAAGAGUCUGGUAUCUUCCGCUUGGAGUUGUGACAAAUCCGAAGAAACCAGCUAAAGUCAGAUUGAUCUGGGAUGCGGCUGCAAAAGUGCACGGAGUUUCGCUUAAUUCGGUUCUGUUGAAAGGGCCUGAUUUGAUGAUACCGCUUUUGGAGGUUCUGUUUCGUUUUCGUGAGCGGUCAGUUGCGGUGAGUGGAGAUAUUUCCGAAAUGUUCCACCAGAUUCGCAUUCGUACUGAAGACCGCCAUUCUCAACGCUUCCUAUGGCGAGAGGAGCCUGACACUGAACCAGAAAUUUUCCUAAUGGAUGUAGCGACCUUCGGCUCUACCUGUUCGCCCUGCUCAGCGCAAUAUAUAAAAAACAGAAACGCUGAAGACUUCGUCGCUCAGUACCCAAGAGCAGUUGAAACCAUAAUCCGGUCGCAUUAUGUAGACGAUCUUUUAGAUAGCUUUGAAACGAUCGAGGAAGCCAAGAGAGUCUCAGAGGAGGUCAAAAUGAUUCAUGCAGCCGCCGGGUUCAAAAUUCAUGGCUGGCUUUCCAAUAAACAAGAAGUCGUCUGUCAUUUAGGCGAUAGGACGGUUACACCCGUAAAAGAUCUUGCUUUGGACAAGGGUGACACUACUGAUCGAGUACUCGGUAUGCGCUGGAUGACAGUCGAUGACGUGAUUGGCUUUUCAACGGUAAUGCGGGCUGAGAUAGCAGCUAUUAUAAAUCGAGGCCAAAAGCCUACCAAGCGACAAGUAUUAAGGUGUGUCAUGUGUCUGUUCGACCCUCUUGGGCUUUUAGCGGCAUAUUCGGUACAUGGAAAAAUACUUAUUCAGCAGAUCUGGCGAUCAGGAGUGGACUGGGAUGACCCAAUCGACAACCUAUCGUUUGAGCGGUAG